AACAACAACAAUGGCGUCUGACUCGAAAUUCGCGUGACUUGAAUUAUCCUUUCUCCCUUAAACAUCAGCAUUUUGUGAUUUACCUACUGUGAGAAAAAAACUCUAUUUUUGCUUAUCAGUAUCGACGAUGAUGAUUAGUUUUCUGCAGUAGAAUUUUCUAUUUGGAACGUGUUUUGGGCAUUGGUCGAAGUAGCUAGAAAUCUGCUGGUCUGUUCCCCUAAUCGUUAAAACCGCUAUGGAAGAAACAAUCGAGCAUCACUGGUUUUAUAUGCUGCUUGAUACAUCUCGUGUGUUGACCAUAAUUAUCUCAAUUCUGCUGAUUGUAUAUGGCAGUUUUAGAGCUCUUGGACUAGAUACUGCCUGCAAAAACGAUGAAUCAGAAACAGAGCAAGCAUCAAAUGGCUCUUUAUUCAGUGGGAUUUUGGAUGGUUUUCAGACUAUUACAACUGCACAAGCUAUAUUUCUGCCAGUUGGGGCAUCUUGUUCUCUUCUUGUGAUGUUUUUCUUCUUCAACACUCUUCAGUUCUUCUUUGCUCUCUGCACUGCAGUGCUUGCUACUGUUGCAUUUUCAUUUCUUCUUCUUCCUGUAUGUCAAGGACUGUUAAAUCCUUGUGGUAAAAAUACUAAUAACAAAAUUUCACUUGGAUGUUGUGGAAGGUUCACCUGUGCAGAGUUGAUGUCAUUAUUCUUCUCUGCUAUGUUGGUAAUGGUUUGGAUAGUGACUGGACACUGGGUUCUCAUGGAUGCAUUAGCAAUGGGUUUAUGCGUGUCAAUGAUAGCUUACAUCAGACUUCCAAGUCUAAAGAUAUCCACUUUAUUAUUAUCAGGGCUAUUAAUUUAUGAUGUAUUUUGGGUAUUCUUCUCAGCUUAUAUAUUCAAAGCAAAUGUGAUGGUCAAAGUGGCCACACAACAAGCCAGUAAUCCGAUGGCGUAUGUAGCAAAUAAAUUAAAAUUAAACUCCAUCAUCAAUUCUUCUCCUCAAAUCUCUCUUCCUGGUAAACUGGUUUUUCCCAGCCAAGAACAAGGAAGAUUCUCAAUGCUAGGAUUAGGGGAUAUUGUAAUGCCUGGUCUUUUAUUAUGCUUUGUUAUGCGUUAUGACAAAUAUAAGAAAAUGCAUGCAGCAUCACCAGAGACAGAAAGUAAAAUCACAUAUUUUCAUUGUUCACUUAUAGGAUAUAUAGUAGGAUUAGUAACAGCAACUGUGGCAUCAGAAGUUUACAAGGCUGCGCAACCAGCUCUUCUUUAUUUAGUUCCUUUUACAUUAUUACCAAUUUUACUCAUGGCUUAUCUUAAGGGUGAUCUACGGAAAAUGUGGCAGGAUCCUUUUAUAACCAAUGGGUUUAAGAGCAAAUUCCUUGAAGUAUGACAYUGACAGAUACAACAAAGAAGUUAAUUAACAUUCAACAAAUAAUAUAGCAAGUGCACAUAUCAACGAGAACAAUUGUGAUAGUUAUGAUUAACCAAGUGAAUCUGUUUUAUCAAGAAGACCAGGCGUUAAGAAUUUGGUGGGAUUUUAUGUGUUUCUAUAUUGUAUAUACAUCAAGAAUACUUCCACUAGAUCUUGUAACUCGUGUGCACAAGAAUAUUGUACGAGAGAUAUAUCAAGGAUGUAGUUGAAAUUGUACAGUAAUGUCAACUAAAAUUUUAUCAGGUUGGGCGGCGAAAGCAACGCUAAAUAACCAUGGAGACCGAAUUUUAUAGUGGUGUGCAGUUACCACUUCAAAAUGUUCCGCGGCCAGUCGAACAUAGUAUUGUGAACAUCAUUUUCAAAGUUUUCGCUUUUGUUGAACGGAUUUCCAGCCUUAAUCACAAGAUAUCAAAUAAGAAUCAAUAUUUCAAAUGUAGUUUCUGUUUUAACAUAAAAAAUACGAGUUUAUAAUAUUCAAUUCAAAGUUAUAAAAUGUCAUGGGCGGAUCCAGAGGGCGAUUAGGGUGGCUAGCCACACCACUUUUAGGGUUAAAAAUAUAAAACUGAAUAGACAUAUAUAAUACAAAUAAAUGAACGAAGAAAUCAAAUCUGAAUGGAACUCAAUCUGUUUCACCUACUUUUUACGGUGUUAAAUUAUCUUUUUACACAACUGUUUCUGAAAAAAGAAGCGUUUAUCUGAAAGCCCUAAAUCACACCGCUUUGUGUUCUGGAUCCGCCAUUGAAUGUAUGUUACAAAAUGAUCAGAGCAACAAGUCUAAGUAAUUAAAGUAAGUCAUGAAGUUAACGGUGA